AUGAGCGGAUCGAACGUGGUUACAGUCGACAGUUAUCGCCUUCAAAAACAAGCCAGGACUUUCAUUAUCUCUGUUGCCAGUGUAUCCAACGAAAUCCUCAAGUUGGCUGCGCAAGAUGCUGUCACAUCUUCAGAGGAAAACCUCCAGGCGCACAAUGAUAACCUUCUGCAUCAGUCGGUAGACGCUGCUCGUCUUGUCUCUGUCGGUCUACAAUUCCUUUGUAAAACGAUUUGA